CCACACUCUUUCGCCUCUCACACUCCCAUUUUCAGCUCUCAAUCAAGGCAAAAUGCAGAAGCUAGAAGCAACGGCGGAAUCAGUCCAAUGCUUCGGGAGGAAGAAGACAGCAGUGGCGGUGACUCACUGCAAGCGCGGACGCGGUCUGAUCAAGAUUAACGGUGUCCCAAUCGAGUUGGUCCAGCCCGAAAUCCUUCGCUACAAGGCCUUUGAACCAAUCCUUCUCUUGGGCCGUCACCGUUUUGCUGGUGUCGACAUGCGCAUCCGUGUCAAAGGAGGAGGUCACACUUCUCAGAUUUACGCUAUCCGUCAGUCCAUAGCUAAAGCACUUGUUGCUUUUUACCAGAAGUACGUUGAUGAGCAGUCGAAGAAGGAAAUUAAGGAUAUUUUGGUCAGGUAUGAUAGGACUUUGCUUGUUGCUGAUCCUAGGCGCUGUGAGCCUAAGAAAUUUGGAGGUCGUGGUGCUCGUGCUAGGUUCCAGAAAUCCUACCGUUAAUUUGAUUUUCAAGCUUCAGUACUUUGAUGCUUACCUCCUUUACGGUAAUAUUAAAUUAAUGUUUUGGAUUAGUACUUUUUGUGUUGUUUAAAGACAGCUUUUGCUGGGAGGUUACUGAUUAAUUUUGCAUGUUUGAGUUAAGGCGUUACUGUUUUUGCUGAAUAUCUUA